AUGCUAAAAACUAGGUCAUGUUUUACGGAAGGCUUCAAACGGUUCAGUUCAUCGAAUGGUUCAGUAUUUGAGGGUAAGAAACUUCGUGUUAUAACGGUGGAUGCGCUAAACACGUUAAUUCGUUUAGAACAGUCGCCGGGAUAUACAUAUGCUGCUUUUGCAAAACAUGUCAAUGUUCAGUGCAAUGCCGAUGAGUUAGAUGAAGCAUUUCGACGAAAUUUUAGAAAUUUAUCGAAACGGAAAUUAUGUUAUGGAUUUGGGAAAGAUGGUGAGAUCGCAUGGUGGGUUGAGCUCGUGAAGAAUUGCUUCGCAGAUAUUGGUGAGAAAAGUUCUGAGAUAGAUAAACUGGCGCAUAAACUUUAUGCUUAUUAUGGUUCUGUGAAACCAUGGAGAUUGGUUGACAAUCAGGUUCACGAUCAUUUGAAGGAAUUGCAGAGCCGAGAAAUUCGAUUAGGUGUGAUAUCAAAUUUUGAUAAACGUCUUAGGGAUAUUCUGGAAGGCUUAAAACUAUCAUUCCUCUUCGAAAUGAUGUUUCUAAGCGGGGAAAUAGGUGUAGAAAAGCCGAAUAAGCAAAUUUUCGUAAAAGCUGCGAAAUACUUUCAAAUUAGUGAAAUGGAGGAAAUGCUUCAUGUGGGUGAUAACGAAGAGAAGGAUUUCAAUGGUGCAAGAAAGGCGGGUGCAAGAGCCGCUCUAUUCAAUCCUGAUAGAGUACUAUAUAAUAAUAAGGGGUAUAUUAUUUCCUCGUUAAAAGAUAUAAUUGAUAAAUUGGAAUAA